AUGAUGGAUCAAUCUGCAGCCUCUCUCGUCAGCUCUGCCGACAGCAAUGCAUCGGUGGAGUCUAGCCGGAGCCCCAUGCGGUCCUCUGCAGCAGCCCUUUCUGAGAAGCCUCUGCCGCUGGACCUGACCCAUCUGAUCUCUGAAGCGACCAAGCUGCGCAAGGCCAGCCGCAUGAAGCAGUACUACAAGUUCUUCCAGAUUCCAGGUGCAGGAAACCUGGCAGGUGGUCUCCCACACGUGAGCUACUUCCCCUACGACACACUCGAGGCACAGAUCGCCCAGCCCGACCGGUGGUUGCCGUCGCCGCAGACCGCCGUGCUCUCUGAUGGCACCAACACCGAUGACGAGGACGACGAUGCCAUCCUGAUCACAGGCAAGAUGGCCGGCGCCAAGCUGGCCUCGUCCGUCUCGUCCGCCCGCACAGCCCCGGCCGCCUCGCUGGUCUCACCGCCCAAUCGCCUGGCCCCGGUCCAUCUCCAGAUCCCCAAGACCGUGCCGCCCAGUGCCCCCGACAAGAAAAUCGAUCUGGCUUCAGCCCUGCAAUACGGCGGCUCCGACGGUUACGCGCCGCUGCUCUCGUGGGUCCGCUCGUUUGUCCGCGACCAUGUCCACCCGAACGUGCCCUAUCGUGGCGGGCCCGAGGUCAUCAUGACCGUUGGUGCCACCGACGGCCUGUCCAAGACGCUUGAGCUCUUUGUCAACCGCUGGAACCCGACCCACAACGACGUGCGCGACCGGCCCGGCCUGUUGGUCGAGCCGUUUAUCUACGGCAACGCCCUCUCCCAGGCCGCCGCCUACGGUCUGCAGAUCGUCACCGUCGAGGCCGACGAGGGCGGCAUGCUGGCCUACGGCCCCGGCGGCUUGGAGGAUGUGCUGUCCAGCUGGGAUUCCAGCCGCGGCCGACGGCCUCAUAUGCUGUACAACGUGACCCUGGGCCACAACCCAACCGGUAUCAUCCUAAGCAUUGAGCGUCGCCGGGAGCUUUAUGCCGUCUGCAGCCGCUUCGACGUUGUUAUUAUUGAGGAUGACCCGUACUGGCACCUCCAGUAUCCGUCUGCUGCCGAGGCUGAGGCCGUGUCACGGAACCUGCCCAGGCCCAAGCCCGCUCCCUUGACCAAGCCCAUCGGGCCGAACCAGAGGUCUUCGGGCUACGACUUCCUGGACUCGCUGGUGCCGUCGUUCCUCAGCAUAGACGUCGACGGCCGCGUCAUCCGCCUGGACACGUUCUCCAAGACGGUGGCGCCCGGCUGCCGUGUUGGCUGGAUCACCGCCCAGCCAGACCUGAUCGAAAAAUUCGUGCGCAUCACCGAGGGCACUACGUCACAGCCGUCGGGUUUUGUGCAAUCGCUGCUGUCGGAACUCGUCCGCGGCCCGACGCCAGCAGCACUGGCAGCAGCGGUGGCAGGCAGCAGCAGUAGCAGCAGGGGUGUCUGGGGCACCAAGAGAAGCAGCCCCAGCAGUUCCGGCAGCCUAGGCACCAGCAACAGCUUCGCCGGCUGGCAGACCGACGGCUGGGUCCGCUGGCUAGAGGGCGUGCGCGGCGAGUACGAGCGCCGCAUGACGCAGAUGUGCACCAUCCUCGACGACAACGCCUGCCAGCUAAAGCAGGGCACGCCGGUGCGGCCGUCCGAAGCCGACUGGGGCGUCAUCACCAAGACGAAGCUCUACUCCUUCUCCUGGCCGCGGGCCGGCAUGUUUGUGUGGGUUCGCAUGCACUUUGAGACGCAUCCGCUGUGGCAGGCUGCACGCUCGGGCAGCGGCGGCGAUAUCCUGGAUGGACCGGCCAUGCAGAUGGCCCUGCUGCUCCUGCUCACCAGCAAGCCGCACCUAGUGAUCAUCAGCCCCGGCGACAUGUUCAGCGCCUCCGACGAGGUGCACGAGGCCCGUGGAUGGGCCUACUUCCGCCUAUGCUUCGCGGCCGAGUCGGACGAGAACCUCGUUGCGAGCACGCACCGUCUGGUUGCCGGCAUCCAGAAGUUCUGGAAGAUCAAGAGGGUUAAGGAGAUUGAAGACCUCUUGGAAUCGUCGCCCAUCACGGCAGAGGAUGCCGCGUCAGUCACCAACCUGGGCGGCCUGGCGAUGGGCUGUUAG